AUGCGAAUAUCAUCAAAUCCCAUUGUACGAGCCGCCCUCGUGGCGGCAUGGCUCGCCUCAACAGUCCUCGCGAUGCCUCAAGUUGUCGACCGCGAUGACCCCCCACCCACCCCACCAGCACCGCCGAAACCCAUCGCGACAGCCGACCAAGUCGACAUUACUCAGCCAAACACCACUGUCCCUCCACCACAAGAACAAAAGCCGCCCGUUCCGAUCACAGUCCGGCUGUUCCCCAGCUCGCCGGGCGUCAAGAACUGCCGCGGCGCGUCCUUUGUCGAUAUGGAGCUCCCGCAGAACGCGUCGACGGAGCCGACAUUCACGACCAAGGACGGGCAGUGCUACAACCUACCGGGCACCGCGCAGUGCGGCAUCUUUAUGGGAAACAAGGCGGACGGAUGCGAGGCCAAGCUGUUUCGCGGAGAGCGGUGCAGCGCGUUUUCCAACGUUGCUGUUUUUCAGGACGAACUACGGCCCGUGGGCGGCUUCUUUGCGAGUAUGAGCAUCAAGUGCGGUGUCAUACCCGUUGAGCCGAAGCCGUUGAGUUUGGGUGGCUUGGGCGGCAAGAUGCAGAAGCCCGUUCAGGGAAAGGGCAAGAAGGCCAGGAGGGCGGUUGUGUCUGCGAUACUCGACGAUGACUAG